GCGCGAUCGCCGGUGCCCGCCGCUUGCCGAGCUGUGUGCUUGUGGGCCAAAGCCGCAGCUGCCCGGGCGCGACGCGACCCCCGACCGGCGCCGCGAUGAGGAGGACCCGCGAGGAGGUGGACGCGACGCUGCAGGUCGCUAAACUGAACGCGGCCGAGCUGCUGCCCGCCGUGCACUGCCUGCGCUUCGGGCCCGGGGCCAGCGGCGCGGCCGCCGGCGACUUCUGCCUGCUGGAGCUGGAGCCCGCGCUGUGCCGGCGGCUGGAGGCCGGACGCAGUCUUGUGAUUCGUGGUGAUAAAGAUGAGCCAGCUGUGCUAUGCAGUAAAGACAAAACAUAUGACUUGAAAAUAGCAGACACUUCGAAUAUGUUGCUUUUCAUUCCUGAUUGUAAAACUCCAGACCAGCUGAAGAAGGAAGUGCACUGUGACAUUAUUCACACUGAGAUCUUUGGUUUUUCCAAUAAUUAUUGGGAACUAAGAAGAUGUAGACCUAAAUUAAAGAAGCUAAAGAAACUUUUGAUGGAAAAUACCUAUGAAGGACCUGACAGUCAAAAAGAGAAGGAUUCCAAUUGCUCAAAAUAUACAACUGAAGAUUUGCUUGAUCAAAUUCAGGCAAGUGAGGAGGAAAUAAUGACCCAGUUACAAGUUCUAAAUGCCUGUGAGAUUGGAGGUUAUUGGAGGAUUCUUGAAUUUGAUUAUGAGAUGAAACUUCUGAAUCAUGUCACUCAGCUUGUGGAUUCUGAAUCAUGGUCUUUUGGUAAAGUACCUUUGAAUAUAUGCCUUCAGGAACUUGGGCCAUUGGAGCCAGAGGAAAUGAUAGAACACUGUCUUAAAUGUUAUGGGAAGAAGUAUAUAGAUGAAGGUGAAGUUUAUUUUGAAUUGAGUGCUGAUAAAAUAUGCAGAGCAACAGCACAGAUGCUACUUCAGAAUGCUGUGAAAUUCAAUCUCGCCGAGUUUCAAGAAGUGUGGCAGCAGAGCGUGCCUGAAGGAAUGAUAACCAGGCUUGAUCAGCUUAAGGGUUUAGCACUGGUGGAUAGACACUCGAGACCAGAAAUCAUAUUUUUGCUCAAAGUAGAUGAUUUACCUGAGGAUAAUCAGGAACGUUUUAAUAGUCUAUUCUCUCUAAGGGAGAAGUGGACAGAAGAAGAUAUUGCUCCAUAUAUUCAAGAUUUGUGUGGAGAGAAGCAAACCAUAGGUGCAUUACUCACUAAAUAUUCUCGUUCUUCGAUGCAAAAUGGUGUUAAAGUUUAUAAUUCAAGAAGACCCAUUUCUUAAAAGAACCACAGUCGUUUCUUUGGGACUAUACAAAUUUGGGCUUUAUAAAGUUGCUGGAUAUAAGAAAAGAUCAUCUUAUGUAUUUUUAUUCCUGAUUUUUAUAAAAAAGUCUUUAAGGCAUUUUUCUCUUCAUCUUAAGCAUUUUGAAACUACUAUUCUUCCUAUUUUUUAAAUGUAAAAAGAUAUUUCUGUACCUUUCAAAUUAUAUUUGUACUAUGUAAACUGUAUAAACAAGGACAAAAGAAAGUAUUAUUUACUAUAUU